CUUUAGUAUAGUUCUGGCGUCGUCGUCGUCAACAAGCAGAUCCUAACCUUCAUUCUUGUUCAUUUACGUAUCAGAAACGCAUUCACCAUCUAUCAAAAUAUCGGUAAAAGAAUCAAAUAGAUCAAAAUGGGGGAGAAUGGCGACAAAACCGAGACGCCAUCAUCAGAGCUGCAAAAUCAAAUUUCGUAUAAUCCAGUGAAUUCCGCGUUAAAAGUCAGUGAAUCUCCUUCUGUGCCAACAUCUCCAGAGGCAUUCAAGAAGCCCCAGUUGAUAAUCGGCCCUCGUCGAGGAAAAAUAGUGGGAAUACGUUCUGUACCUAGUGCUCCACCAGUGACAUUGGCAGAGGAAUCAACAGCAAGCGAAGACGACAAAGAGGAGAGUAAAACCUCCUGUAGUAUCAAGCUUGAGAAGCCACCACCAGCUUCAGAGAAGAAAGCUCCUGCUCUGCCUUACAAGGAGCCUUCCUGGGCUGGUACUCCUUCUUCAGAUUAUAAAAUGGAGGUUCUCAAAUCUGGUGUUAUUCUGGAUACAGUUGAUCUGUCGAAGCAGAGUUUCUUUGUUAUUGGGAGACUUCCAGUCUGCGACAUUCCCCUGCAACACCCCACCAUCUCCAGAUAUCAUGCUAUUCUGCAGUACAGGGAGAAAGGCGACGAGAAGAAUGGAAGUGGAUAUUAUUUGUACGAUUUGGAGAGCACACAUGGAACUUUUUGGAAUAAUUGUAGAAUCAGACCAAAGACCUAUGUGAAAUUGAAGGGAGGGCAUAUGAUCAAGUUUGGGUGCAGCCAGAGGAAGUUUAUUGUUUCUACUCCACCUGAGGAUGAAGAACAGGAGUCUGAAUACUCUUUAACAGAACUAAAGAAAAUCCGAACACUGGAAUUAUUAGAACGUGAGAAGCUGGAGCAAGAGCGUCGGGAACAGGAAGCAGAGCUUGAAAGAAUCAGAAAAGAGAAAGAAGAGUCUGAAGGGGUGGAUUGGGGAAUGGGCGAAGAUGCUGACGAAGAGACUGACUUGACAGAGAAUCCCUACGCCCAAUCGAACAACGAGGAGCUGUUCCUGGAUGACCCGAAGAAGACCCUGAGGGGCUGGUUCGAGAGGGAAGGCCACGAUCUCCAGUACCAAACCGAGGAGAAGGGUCUGGGACAAUUUCUGUGCUGGGUGGACCUGCCAAUCGACAAUGGACGAACUGCCAGGGCAGAGGCUUUAGUCAAGGGCAAGAAGAAGGAGUCUGUGGUGCAGUGUGCUCUGGAAGCCUGCAGAAUAUUGGAUAGGCAUGGAUUACUUCGACAAGCCACACAUGAAGGGAGAAAACGAAAGUCUCGUAAUUGGGAAGAGGCCGAUUAUUAUGACUCUGACGAGGACAACUUCUUAGACAGAACUGGAACAAUCGAGAGAAAACGCCAGCAGAGGAUGAGAAGUGCGGGCAAAUUGGAGGCGAAGAUUGAGACUUACUCGUCCUUGGUGGAUAAACACUCAGAGGUGAGCAAGAAGAUCAUUGACAUCGAAAAUGCGUUGGAGAAUCAUCGAAAAGCUGAGCGUGCUCAGGAUGAUAACUCCAGUGAGGAUGCGUUGGACGCGUUCAUGUCUCAUUUGAGUAGCUUAUUACUCAGUAAAUCUGAUAUGGUCAAGAUGAAAUCCGAUCUCGCACAGCUGAGGAGGGAAGAGGAGGGACUAAAGAAACUUAUUGACAUUACUAAGCCUGCAAAUAUGCCUUCGUUGAAAGCUCUUCAUUCAGUGCAAAACAUCGAAACGAGGAACAAAAAGGAAGAGAAAUUAAUCAGGGAGCCACAGCUCGAGGUUGAGAGGAUAGGAAAGACGUCUGAUGUGGGAAAAGCUUACCAGGGCAGCAGUCGUUAUGGAUUAAAGAAACCUAAUCUCCAAACUGUACAGCAACGUUUGGGUGACGAAGAGGAAUGCAGGAAGGGCAAUGAUGGUCCAGAGGAGAAGGAACUCGUGGAGGUAGUCCAGGAGGAUGGCAAAGACGAAAUUGAAGGGGAUAGCCAGUCGAAAGAAAGCCCUCCAAAGAAGAUGAAGAAGAAUCAGAGGAGAAGAACCGAUAGACUUUCUAAGGAAAUAGGAAAAAAUUACCCUGACGAUCUGGACAGCGAGGAUUACUCCAUGUGGGUGCCACCAGUGGGUCAGAGUGGAGAUGGAAAAACCAGUCUCAAUGACAAAUACGGAUAUUGAUAAGAGGCAAGAACUUGAACUUCUGGCAAAUUGUAAAUAAUUUAGAUUUUUUUCAGGAGUCAUAAUUUAUUUUAUAAUUUCUUGAUUUAGGGACGUAUUUUUGUGAGAACUUUUGUAUAAAGAAUUUGAUUGAGAUGUUACCAGAAAUAAAUCGUUAAAUUUUA